AUGCCUUACAAUUGCUGUGUCCCGUUAUGCUUCAAUAAUUCAUCAAAGAAUAAGAAUUUACAUUUCUACCGACUACCAAAGCAGGAAACAUUGUUAAAGAAGUAUACAGUGCUUAUUAGAAACGACACACUGAAGGCGGAGUCCAAACAAACGCGAAUUUGUAGCGCCCAUUUUGACGGAGGAAAAAAGCAGUGGGGAAGCCAUUUACCUACCAUUUUCCCGUGGACGAAGUUGAAGCCUUCAAGAAAGCCUCCAAAAGAAUGUAAACCAUUGAAAAAUGAGUUAUCUGAGUCAAAUGCAGCACUUGACCAAAGCAGUCGUAGUAAUAAUGUAUUGGAUAGAAAAGAGUCGGAAGAACUUGUGGAGCUACGAAACAAAGUAAGCAAAAUGGCGGAACUGUUGGAAAAAAAACAAAAGCGAGGUAGACCAUCUAGAGAAUGA